AUGUAUUCUACAACUUCCCUUUCUUCCCUAUUCGUUCAUCUGCCUAUUAUAGCUGUCUCGUUCUUUGUCUUUAAGAAAGGAUAUCAAGGUGGAACAUCCCCUCUCCGUUCCUACGUUUCCCAGCAUGCCUCCAAGAGCGACCCGGCGGUGCUGAACCACCCGGCCAUCAAGCGUUUCCUGGAGUCGCCCUCCCGCUCCUCAUCCCCCCUCGACCAGGGCUCGGACACCCACACCCUGAGUCCCUCGGAUUCCAAGUCCCUGUCCCAGCAGGGCGAGGGGCCGGACUGGGAGGUGGCCUGGAGGGAGGACAGGGGCCGCAACACAAGGAAGGUGAGUGGAGUGAGGAGUUAAGGGCCACAUCUCAAUAGGCUGAUGUGGCUUUCUCUCCUCGUGUCCUUUCCUUCAUCCGUACUGAUCUGAAAGACUAGGCUAGAUAAGAGCAAAUUGCCUCCACCUCUCCUGUCUUUUCAGGCCAGUAAAGGAGACAAGGAGAGGGAAGCACUGUAGACUAUUGAGACACACCCAAGAAAAAAAGCGAUCAUAUAAUGAACUUUUUGAUCAGUGCUGCAACCUCUAACGGUCAUUACUAUCACUAUCUCCUUCAUUGAAGGACACGUUUGGUGUCCCAUCAUCAGUCGUAGGGGAGCCGAGGGUGACCAACCACACUACAAGAGACGAGGCCUCUAGGCUCUGCGUGAGGAAGACUAUUGUGGUGGGAAAUGUCUCCAAAUACAUGGCUGAUAUUAUCAAUGAGUUUUCCUGUUUUUUACUCAAUUGAAUCUGAGAGCUUUUCAAGACAAUAAGCAGGUUUCUAUUGGUUUAUUCGACAAAAGCAAUGUCACCAAUUGUUUUUGUUGAGACGUGUAAUGGAAAUGGCCGAUAUAGGAUACAUUUUCUAAAGAUCGACAACAUUUUUAUCCGUUCAACAGGGGUGGAUUUUUCUUCUGUCUAACUUUCUUUAUUGCGACAAAUUAUGGUGGAAAUUGUGUUUUUCUAAUAAAUGAUGAUUGCCAAAUACCUUUGAAGGUACUCGGGGCACGUGAUGUAGGCUAAUCACGUAACAAUAAGCUCCACUCCACAUUUAAUUCUAAAUGCCUACUGCUUGCAAAAGUAUUUUUUUCAAACAAAAAUUAUGUUUCUUUGCAGGACAAGGAUUGUUCUGACUUUCAAGAAUGCCUGAAUUGCUUCGCCUUGCUUUUCUGGUUGGCUGGCAAGUUUCAGUAUCCAAUUAUUUCAGAUCUACAGAAAUGCAAGUUUCACCAUGGCAUGGACUGUGGCGAUACGUUGGUACAUGAGAAUUAUUAGAAUAUGGCAAAUAUUAGUCAAUUAUUGCAUUCUAUUUUUGGAACCUCACCCUAGCAGACAAUUGUCGCAUCUAUUUUCUAUGCAAACUUUCUAAAUGUCGACAAAUGAAUCACUGGACAAGUUGAUGGAAACCUAGCUAGUGGUUCCCAUAAUGUUUUUGUGACACAGUGAACUUUCUAAACCCUUUCACAAUGUAUCUAGUCCUUUGUGACAUACACAGGGAGAUAUGAACAACAGCAGUGUGUUGCAAGCUCUUGGUAUACAGUUGAGUUUCUCAGUACUGUAACCAUUUAGUCAGCACACCUUGUUUUUGUUCCCUCACACUACAGCGAGCAGUUGGGUAACUGGGUGCAUGUCAUGCAAGCCCAAUCUUGAUACAGCACAUAAAGAGCCUCUGUGUCCUGAUCACUGACAUGUUUUCCCCCUGGAUCUCAAACCUGUUUAGGGGUUACAGGGAGACACUAUACCAGAACACAACAACUAGGCCAUGACCUCUGUCAUAAGGUGUCAUAACAGUGACAUAAAACAGUAAUUACUACUUAUGUCACCUGACUUCACAAAGUAGCUAGAAUUACUAUGUUCAAAAGUUAUAUCAUGUACUACCAUGGCCUAUGAAAUAUAUUUGGAAUUGGUUUACUCUUUUUUGAAAGGUUUAAGUGCCCUGUUUCUCUGGGAUCCCAUUAACGAGAGAGAGAGUCUCCAUCCCCCCCCCCCCCCCCCCCGUGAGGCAGCUCCCUCACUCUCCCCCUGCGAGGCAGCUCCCUCACUCUCCCCCUGCGAGGCAGCUCCCUAACUCUCCCCCUGCAAGGCAGCUCCCUCCCUCCAUCUGUCAUUCAGAGGAUAACAAACAGAACCAGGGCACUAGUGCAGAGUGACUGACAGCUCUGCUACACAGCCCUUGCUGCCCACCUGCCUCCCACACUUUAUCUCUCUUCCUCCUUGUGUUUUACUCUCUCUACUUCUCUCCUUUCUCCCCCAUCUGCUUUCUGCCUCCUUCAUCUCCCCCUUCUUCCCUAUCUUCCCUGCUCUGUCGCUCCUCUCUCCCUCUCUCCCCCCUCUCCUCUCUCCCCCUCGCCCCUCACUCUCUCUCUCCCUCCCUCUCUCCCUCUCGCCCCUCUCUCUCCCCUCUCCCUGUAUCAAAUGAUUCAGCCUUAGUUGCUAUUGCUGCUAUGUAAUAUUAUGCAAAUAGAAACCAUUCCCUUAUAUCUCACAGUCUCCCAGGUAUAUCCCCCCUGAUAAACACGAGGAGAAUGACUAG